CCAAACACCCCCAAAUUUCUUGCAUCCAAAGCUACACCUUUAUCCACAAAAAUCCAAUUACUUUCCCAAAUUUCAUUUUUUUCUAAAGACUUCCUAAUGAAUUCAUCCCCAUCACCUUCAUCAUCAUCUUCAUCUUCUUCAUCAGAAUCUCCUCAACAAACCCUAAUUCCAGGCCUCCCAUACGAUCUCGCAGCCCUAAUCCUCUCAUUCCUCCCAUACCCAUAUCACGGAACCCUCAAAUCCAUCUGCAAAUCAUGGAACCACUUCUUCUCAUCAAGAUUCUACCACUCAAUCCGCCAUAAACACAUCCCAUUUCCCAAAACAUCCCAUUUACUAUGCAUCUUCCCACAAGACCCAUCCGUCUGUUCUCCCUACAUAUUCGACCCGAUACACAAAGCCUGGUCUACCCUCCCACUCAUGCCCUGCAACCCCCACGUCUACGGGUUAUGCAAUUUCGUCUCUGUGGCCCUCAAGACUCAUGUUUACGUACUCGGUGGAUCGCUAUUCGAUACGCGAUCCUUUCCAUUAGAUCGCCCGUCGGGCUCUUCGUAUAGUUUUCGGUAUUCUUUUGUUACGAAGAGCUGGGAGACGCUGCCCCCGAUGCUUUCGCCUCGGGGGAGCUUCGCCUGUGCCGCGGGUAGGGACCGGAUUGUUGUGGCGGGUGGAGGGUCUAGGCAUACCAUGUUUGGUGCUGCGGGCAGUCGGUUGAGUUCGGUUGAGAUGUUUGAUGUUGGGAGGAAUGAGUGGGUUGGGUUGGAGGGGUUGCCGCGGUUUCGGGCCGGGUGUGUUGGGUUUAUGGUGGGGGGUGAGGAGGAGUUUUGGGUUAUGGGGGGGUAUGGGGAGUCAAGGACUAUAUUGGGCGUGUUUCCGGUCGAUGAGUAUUAUCGAGAUGCUGCGGUGAUGCGGUUGGAGAAUGGCGGUGGGGGUGUGGGUGCGGGGAAGUGGCGGUCGGUUGGGGAUAUGUGGGAGGAAGGGGAGAGGCGGCAGCUUGGGCGGAUUGCGGUUGUUGAAGAUGGUGGUGCAGGGUGUCCUGGUGUUUUUAUGCUUGAUAAAAAUGAUAUAUUCAGGUAUGAUAUGAAUUCAAAUCGCUGGUGGAAGGAAACCACAUUACCAAAACGAGCCAUAGACGAGUCAGCGGUCGGGUUCGUUGCGUUAAACGGUGAGCUACAUGUCAUGGCGACUCACAAUGGAGCUGGUUCGGUGGAGAAUCGAAGAUUGAGACGCCAUAAGCGGUUAACAUCUCUGUUUAUACAAGUUUACCAUCCGGGGAAGAGGAUUUGGAGGACCUUAACCGCCCAACCGCCAUUCCAGCAACCGUUGGACUUCAAAACUGCGGUUAUGUGCACUAUUCGACUCUAAACUGGAUUGAUGUGAAUUUGGUUAGUCUGUUUCUGAAAUAGUUGCGAGUAUAGUAGCAACAUGUGGUUAUAUUAUUGUUUCGUUGUAUAGCAUGCUAUUGAAUCAGCUGUCGCCUGUCUAUUUGCCAUAAAGUGUAUGUUUGUCGUCGUUAUCGCAUGUAUAUAACGAAAGUAACUGAAUUUAUAGUUGUUUUAACGUUUUCGUAUCUUGUUUUAUGCU